GAAAGACAUCUGCGAAGCCGCACCAAGCAUCUUCUGCUAAAAGUGCGCGCUCCGAUGCGCAAGGAUUAAACAAGCUAAGCGUCUAUUCUUUUUGCCUCAAGUGUGAAUAUUGACAAGUGUGCCAGUGACCCUCACGGAUGCGACAUUUGCGCCGUAAUCGGCAUGUGUUGUUUGCUUUGAAAGAUUAACGCAGUUCUCGAGGAUAUACUGAGAACAUAAUGGAUUCUUUUCUUCGGGUUAAGAAAAAGAAGGGGAAGCAAAAGUACAAGAAGCGAUCUUCUAAAGCAAAGAAAGCGUCGAGUGGAUCGGACUCCAGCAGCAGCAGUGGUAGAAGCGACGAAUGGGCCGAGGCACCGCCUAAAGCGCGUUCAACUGAAGAGCCGGAGAGAAGCGCAGACCAUACUCCAAAAGCUGUGCAGAGAGACGCAUGGAUGAACUUCGAAGAUGUCAUCCCAACAAUAUCGUCAAAGGAUCACAGAGCGCAGAGAAGAGGCGAGAGGACAGGUGGGCCCGGGCAGAGAGAAAAGACUUUGAGGACUGUUUAUGAGCCUGGCCAACACGAGCGCGAGUUGAACCCAUACUGGAAAGAAGGCGGGAUUGGACUGCCCAAGGAAGAUGAAGCCAAGGCAGCAGAGCCGACACUAGCUGCAUCCGCCGUUGGUGAUGGAGGCCUGAGGUGGCUGAAGCGUGCCUACCAGAGGAUACGUGAACAAGCUGCCGACGAAAGUCGACCAUUGGAGGAAGUAGCUGCGGAGCGAUAUGGGUCCUUAGAGAAAUUGGAGAGCAUGAUUAGGGAAGCUGAGUCAAGGGCUGGUUCAAGUGGUCAAAGGCAUCACGGAAGGCAUGGCACAUCCAGAAGAUAUGGGAGAAUGCAAAGACCAGGCUCGGACGAUGAGACGGAGAGACCGUCACGUCACAAAGCAGUGCAAAGACCGGGCUCGGAUGAGGAAAGGGAUAGACCGUCACGUCACAAAGCAGUGCAAAGACCGGGCUCGGAUGAGGAAAGGGACAGACCGUCACGUUACAAAGCAAUGCAAAGACCAGGCUCGGAUGAGGAAAUUGAGAGACCAUCACAUCAUCGCGAAAAAUACAGAGACAGUAAGUCAUCAGGGUCCAAGAAGCGGUCUGAAGAACGUGGAAGAUUCCAGCGAGCAGGUGAUGACGACGACAACUCUGAUCAGGACGGCCACCCUGGCAAACAUCGCCACAGAAGGGAGCACUCAUCGUCGUCAUCUUCUUCAAAGCCCAGCUGGAUGAAAAAAGAGUUCUACAAAGACACAAAAGACAAACAAGAUGAGCAGAAGCAAGACAUCAGCAACAAGGGAAGGGAUUGCUUGCAGGAGGAACGCCGGCCUCCAAGGCAGCAGGAGAGCGCCAGCCCGUGCGAGCAGCCGAAACGAGAAAAGGAGCCUGAUUCAUUUGCCCAGAGAGAGGAGCGUGCUGCCCCUAAACUGCUGUCGGACAAGGAGCUGAAUGCGUUGGGUGCAAAGCUCAUAAAGGCUGAGAUGCUGGGAAACACGGCACUAUACGAAAAACUGAAGAACGAAAUUGAGGAAGCGAGGAAGGCGAGGGAGUCUGUCGGUGCUUCCACGUGUCCCGAUGGAGCACAGCGAGGCUCUCGUGAGGAAGUGGUCAUCCUGACCAAGACCGACGGUCGUGGCUUCGCACAUCCGCUCUCGGAGCCGUCUGAAGUCAGCGGGCCAUCAAGGAAGAAAGCAAAGGUUCCCACACAUGACAGAGGUGGUGAACGGGUGCGAUACUUUGCUGACGACGACCGACAUUCUCUCAAGAAUUUGUUCGAGCGGGAGAAAAUGACCACAGCUGAAGAUCAGAAUGCAGAGUUUGCGCGUCUCGCUGGGAAGGUACGAGUCUCAAAGAGCCAAGAUUAUGACUUUGACGACGCUGUCAUGGACAAAGCAAGUCAGCAUGAUUCUUCUGCGAAGCAAGAUGCGCGUGACAGAAUGAAAGCCAUUCAAGAGCAUAAACACAUGUCUAAAGCAUUGGAGAAGUGUAGAUACUGCCUCGACAGCCGUGAAAUGAAGAAACACCUAAUUAUUGCCAUAGGGAUCAGGGCUUAUUUAUGCUUACCACCAUAUCAGUCGUUGACUGAGGGGCACUGUUUGAUUGUCCCACAAGCUCAUGUUGCUUGUGGAACAUUGCUCGACGAAGAUGUGUGGCUCGAAGUACAGGUGUUUAGGAAAGGUUUGACAAAGAUGUUUGAGGAGAUGGGAAAAGACACCGUAUUUAUGGAGACAGCUGUUGCAUUUCAUCACCACCCACAUGCAGUCAUAGAAUGCAUACCAGUGCCCAUGGACAUUGGAAACUUGGCACCAAUGUACUUCAAGAAAGCCAUAAUGGAAUGCGAGAGUGAGUGGGCCCAAAACAAAAAGCUUGUCGACCUGUCAAAGAAAGGCCUACGAAACUCGAUUCCCAGAGGGCUGCCCUACUUCUCGGUUGACUUCGGUCUUCAAGGAGGAUUCGCUCAUGUUGUUGAAGACGAAAAAGACUUUCCAGUUUACUUUGGAAAGGAAGUGGUGGGUGGCAUGCUGGACUCGGAGCCCAGACUCUGGCUGAAACAACAGCACGAGAGCUUUGACGAGCAAAAGAAGAAAGUCCUGGAGUUUACCAAGCGGUGGGAACCUUACGACUGGACGGAGCGGCUCAAAACUGAAUAGUCUUAGUGCACAGCACUAGAAUUUUAAACUUUUGUUGCUGCUGCAUUCAACCAUGAAAAGAGCGAGAGAAUCAUUGAGCACCAUCUUAGAUGUUUAUGUGGUGUUGCUUAGCAUUGCAAGUUCACCACACAAGCAGCCACAAAUAAACAAAGUACAGCAAUCUAGCUUGUGGUUAACUUACACUGGCUUUCAGUGAUGCUUGAUGGACAUCUUGACCUGGUGCUUUGUGUAUUCCCUUUGAAUAUGUACGGAACACAGCCAAUACAUGAGUUUGGCCUCAAAUUGGCUGUCUCGAGGACUGCAGUCUUCUGCUGGAGCUUAUGAGGUCGGUUCGCAUGGGAGUGCGUUUGUGUGACCUUGUAAAGGAAUUCACUGUGCGUGUCUUCUUAGCAUAGGCCUAAAAAUUAAUUUGCUCUGUGCUAACAUGACAUUGUAGUUGUGCACUUUGAGUAGCGGCACUUUAUUGCUGUGAACAUUUUGUGGUUAAAGGAACUAUUGUAAUGAUGCGAGGUGAUAACGGGCCAGUUGGCAAUGCACGGAGAACAGUUUGCCGAGUGUGGCUUGGGAAAAUGCAACGAUGUCACUACAGCAGUGAUGAUGCGUGCCUACUUGCCAAUUUGCAAGUUAGUCAAAUUUCCACAGGCGUGACACUGAGUAGGGAGGGAAAAUAGAUAAACUCUUUUUUUUCCAUGGGCACACAGCUUUGUUGAGAUACUAAGAAUUUACCUUUUGAUGCAGCACACUAACAGCAGGAAACUUAAAACAGUGACCAAAAAGUAAAAAAAAAAUUAAGAUUGUUAUGACUUUGCCUGCUCAUGACCUCGUAAGUGCAAAUUUAGGUGAGUACUCUUCUGGCAUCCUUUCACUGCUGAAGACUUCUAACAAUAGGAACGGAGACUGACAAGCAAAAUUGUUUUGCAGAUUGAACACAUUCCUCGCAAGACGAUACAACAUUUACAAAAUCGUAGAAUUAAUUAUUUGCAAACUUUACAGGAAAUUCUAGAUAAUUGGCAAGUGCCGUUAUAGUUGACAUAGUGAGAUGAUGUGGUUUAUAUUUCACUGAUAUCUACUAGGUGUCGUUGUACCUAUACAUAACAUUGUACAUAACAGUGCCAUUGUAAGUGGGUGGCAGCGAUAGCUGUGCAUUUGCACCAGAUAAGCAAAAGAGAAAUGAACACUGUAAACUCCGAGGUGGGUUUAAGCAGUUUUUUAUGUUUUA